AUGCUACCCGCCGCCAUCCGCCCUCUCCUCGCCCUACUGACGGCCCUCGUCGCUCUGCUUCCGGCUGCUCUCGCAAACGUUGAGAAGACCGUCUUUGUUGCGCCCUCCGCCGUUGCUGUCCCCAAUGUCCGCCCUGGCCUCCAAGACCUCCGCUUAGCCAGCCUUUCACCUUUCGCCCACGUCUUGCGCGCCCACCUGCCCGUUGCCUUCCCGUCCGACGACUCGCCACGCGGCUUCGAUUCCUGGUACCUGCUCACCGAGCUUGCCCCCGGCCAGAGAUACGAAGUCCGUGUUUGCUGGGCGGCAACACAACCAACUUCCUUCUGGCUGGACGCACACCCCAUAACCCACGUCUUCGACACACCAGAGCUCAUCACGUCCCUCGCGAGCUUCUCGGAGAACAUUCCCGAGGCCAACCUCAUUGUCGACGACAGAAGGGCCACCGAGGCUGCCGAAACAUCCACCUCGCUUCUCUUCCUUCGCAUCCAGGCUGCCGCCGACUUCUACAGUCUGAACAAGACACGAAUGAGCAGCCCGCCGGAUGUGAAGGUGGACAUUAUUCUUGACCCUUACAUCCUUAACGCCGUGCCGAGAUCGCUCAUACCGACGGGCGUAUACAUCAUCGCGCUUGCUGUUGGGGCCUGGUUCCUCUCGUCGUUCAUCGUCAACUGGGCCUCUGCCAUCGAGUCAAUAAAGCCACACACGGAUUGA